UAGUGAUGUGGUUCAGUGUUCCACUGUGUUUUUUUCAAGCUGAGAGAAAAGAGACUGACGCUCGAGCGGGUGGAGACUGCUACACAUUUAAAUCCCCCGGGUCGGGUUUUCAAGUCUUUAGCAGUAAAUUACUUUCUUUUUUUUAUUUUCUUUCUACCGUUGGAUUCUUUCGAGCUGGUUUAAUGUCGUAAAUGACAGGUCUGUAAGGGCGUCGUUGUUGGGAAGUUUUUUCGAGGGGGGGUUUGACCAGCAAAGGGCCAUGGCAGUCGAGGCUCGGCCAGAGCUGGUCGGGAAGCGGUUCCUCUGUGUCAGCGGGGACCAGCCACCUGAAAUCGGCGACAUUGGUCGGUGGCCGUGGAGGUCCGGGGUCAUACGAGCCGUCAGCCAUCGUGACAGCGACAAUCCCGACCUGACGGUAUACGUGGAGUUUGACGACCAGGAAUGGGAUAAGAGAGAGUGGGUCAAGGUCUACGAGGAUUUCCAGCUGUUUCUCCUGGAACACCAGCUGGUCUGGGCCAAGAGGAAGGAGGGAGCAGGAGCAGGUGGAGGAGCAGGAGGCCUGCUACAGGGAGCCAAGGCUAAACACAUACUGUGGCCUGCCCUGGCGUUUAAGCCAGUGGUGGGGAAGAGCCUGUUGUCGUCAGUAACAGCGGUGGAAUUCUUGUCAGACCGACAGCUGGACUUCCUGUCGGAUCAUUCAGGCUACCAGCCAUACCAGGAUGAGGUGGACAGUCAGAACCCAGUGUUAAGAGACAACCCACAGCUCCAUGAGGAAGUGAAGGGCUGGCUCAAAGACCAGAAGGUGCAGGAAAUUUUCAUGCAAGGUCCUUAUUCAUUGAAUGGCUACCGUGUGCGUGUGUACAGACAAGAUUCGGCCACCCAGUGGUUCACUGGCAUCAUUACACACCAUGACCUCUUCAGUCGAAACAUGGUCGUUAUGAAUGACCAGGUGCUAGAACCUCAGAACGUGGAUCCAUCCAUGGUUCAGAUGACCUUUCUGGAUGAUGUGGUCCACUCCCUGCUGAAAGGAGAAAACAUUGGCAUCACCUCCAGAAGAAGGUCACGAUCCAGCCAGAACAACAACACUGCCCAUAUGGCAGGAGGGAGACCCGGCGGGACCACAGGCAACACUCAGAGUCAUUACACCCGAGCCCAAGCCAACAGCCCCCACCCCAUUUUGGCUUCAUCAGGCCCAAACCCAAAAGGCUCCCAGGGGACGCUGGCCUCCCAGCAGCAGAGCCAGUCACAGCAAAGCCAACAAGCAGGCAGCCAAUCACACCACUCACCCAACAGCAGUGGACGGGAGCAGAGAGAGCAGCGCAACUCUCGCUCUUCAAGGAGGAAAGGAUCAGACAGCAGCGUUCCAGAGGAGGACAAGAGAGAGGAGACCACAGGGAGAGAGUCCAAGUCCAAGGCAAAGCAGGUGGUGAACAAACGUAGGAAGGGUGAGGAAGAUGAGAAGAAGGCUAGUCUAAAGAGGCUGAAGACUGACAUGACAUCUGAUUUAUCAGAGAGCAGUGACUCAGAAAACCCACACAAUAAGAGGACAGCCCACUCCUCUUCCUCCUCUUCCUCCUCAUCAUCCUCCUCCACUUCCUCCUCCUCAUCUUCCUCCUCCUCAGAACCCAACUCUGAGAAUGAGCUUAAGACUCACAGCAGUGAUGUGAAACCAAGUGCCGUUUCUAAAAUGGAAGAAGACGAGAAACAGCUAAUGCAGGGCACCAAACUUAAUGAUUCCUCAUCUCUCAUUGGUCGGCUUUCCCCGUGGGUGGAGCUUCACGCCACCGAGGAGAGCAAGAAGACUGUGCUUAAGGAAACAGGCAAAAUGAUAACAAUGGAGGAGGAGGAGGAAUUGGUAGCAGUAACACAGAUCACCCAGUCUCCACGGCAACAGACACCUCUGUCUGACACUGUCCAGGGCAGCAUUAUGGAGAGCAGCAAGAACAGUGUAAAAGCAUCUUCCCGAUCCCAGACGCCAUCGUUUUCCCACCUCCAUGGCAACAGUGUGAUUGACAUCACAGAUGACGCCCAGGCCACGGUGCACCGUGAAAGUUCAGAGGCAGUGUCAGCAUUGCUUGCCUCCCAGAAGGCUGAGUCCACUGCCCUCUCACCUUACCUCCCCCUCAAUCCUUCCCCUGUCUCCUCACCUCCUGUCCCACCUUCUCCCUCACCAUCAGAAGGAGGGCGUAGGACAGAUAUUGAGACUCCCAUGCAGUUGCAGCAGCAGGGCAUUAUGGGAGGUGGCAUGACAGCAGCCAGGAGUCUAGGCAACAAGAUGGACUUUGCUCCCUCUGAGGUCAUCAGGCCUGUUACAUCAGUGGCUGAUAGUGUGGUGGUUGUGGAGAAGGAGAAAACGGUCCUUCCUCAUCAUCUUCUUCAACAUCUUCAACAACAGCAGCAGCAGACACAACAGCAGCAGCACUACACAUCUGUCCACCCUGGCAUUAAGAGCCCGUCUUUACCUGACGAGAUGAGAAAACACCCACAGCAACAGCUGCCCCCCCCCAAGAUGAACACAGUCCUCCCCCCUGACUUAGCCAAAUCUAAAAUAAGCCCCAGUUCAAACCCCAACCCAUCUCAGCUCGACUCUGUGAAACCGAAACCCAGGCAACCCAGCAACUCUCAGACCCAUCCCUAUCCCAACACAAACCCAGCUGAACAUCUCAAAACUAAGUCCCACCCAGGUGUGCUGGACAUCUCCAAACCCAAACCCAAUACCUCCCCAGAGGUCUCUAAACAUAAAAUACCUAGGUACUCUGAUGCCUCCCCACCUCCAACAGGCCCUUUUUCCACUAAAGCAGAAACAAUAGAACCUCCGCGAUCUGGUUUCAAGCCAGUGCUUGCACGGUCAGAGCAGGGUGGAGUCGGUAUGAGCAGCACUAGCACCAAGAGCCCUCUGAUCAUCGAUAAAAAUGAGACCUUCACUGUUUACAGGGAUCCAGCACUGGUCCGCUCUGACGCAGAGAACUCUGUCUCUGCCACUGUUUCCUCCAACCACGUGGCAGCCUAUCUCCAUCCCCACCUGCAUACCCUGCAUUCUUCUUCCUCCCAUUCCCCUUGCCUCACACCUUCGUCCCACCCUCAUGCCUCUCAUCUCCUCACUGCUCCUCACACCUCUGCCCUACCUCACCCACACCUUUUAGCUUCCAGUGUGCUCCCAGCUAUGCCUCCUCCCUCAGCAUCUCUCCUUGGGGGCCACCCUCAGCUUGACUCCCCCAGUGGGUUGGGUCACCUCGCCCUGCCUCACCCAGCAGCCGCACACCAGCAGCAGUUCCUACAGGGUCAGGGCCCGCCUCCACCCCCUCUACUGGCCCAAGCUCACAGCGGGGCAGCAGGGCUGGGCCUGUACCCCAUCCUCUGGCAGUAUCCCAAUGGAACACCAACAUCGUACCCCCCUGGGCUCAACCUGUCCCCCACAGCUAAGUGGGUCCACCCUGAAAAUCCUGUCACUGUGAAUUCUGAGGCCUCUUUGAGGAGGAACACAGCCAGUCCAUGGCUGCACCAGGCUGCUGGAGGUACUGGUGACAGUCUGGGUUUACUUAGCCAUGUUCCUGUUCGGCCAGCCAGCGCAGAUGCCCACCGUCCUCCGGUCAAGAUCAACACACAUACAAGCCCUCCGCUGUCAAAGGCCAAUGUGGACCUUAAAGAGGAUGUGGAUAAAAAAGGCUUUGUUGACCCCGUCAGGACGCUGACAUUGGCCCAGCUGAAGCAGGAGCAGACAGAUAGGAGUCGAACCCCCACAGGGAGAGAUGUCCACUUACACCGCCUCUACUUAGACCCUCACAGCAAGGCUCGCCUGGCAAAUACACAGGAUGCUGUUCAAGCAGCUGAACGAGUAAGUAAAUACAAAGAGGAGAAUCGACAAAUCCUAAAAGAGAGCAUUGAAGUCGCACGCUUCACUGCUAAGAUUCAGCGCUCCAGUGAUCCUGGGAUGGACAGGGACAGAGAGAGAAGCAGAGAUUCUGCCUUCCCUCUCCGGAUACCAGCUCUUGCCUCCCCCAACCCCAAGUCCAGCCAUGCCCAUCCUCACAUCAUCCAUUCAGAAAAGAGCAACUACUUCACCACACUGUCGAACAGUGUAGUGAAUGAGCCUCCAAGACUGUACCCCUACAAGGAGCUCAGCGCUUACUAUGAUAAAGUAUCCGCAGGGGCGCCAGCGAUUGUGGCCAGUAUUGGGGCCGCUGUGCCCAGCCAGGGAGCACUUACCCUGGGCAGUUACAGCUCCAAAGCCUCCCUCUCCAAGCCCCCUCCCCUCAUUAAGCACCAGCCAGAAGGAGGAGAGGGUUUAGCAGGAAAAAUCACUGAGCAGCUCAGCCAGCAGGUGACACUAGUCCAACAGCAACAUCAGCACCACACAGGUAUAGACAGGAUAGAACGCUGCAGCCCUGCCAUUUCUCCUUCAUCCUCCUCUACAUCCUCAUCUUCAUCUUCUGCCCCCAACCACCACCAUCAUCACCACCAACAACAACAGCAACAGCAGCAGCAGCACCAGCUCAGGGCGAUGCCAUCUCUCCACCGAGCGCCUGUCUUCCAUCCCCCAACACAGCACGCACUGGAACGAAAAGAAGCUGUAGAGCGAGAGAAGGAAAGGGAGAGAGAGAGGGAGAGAGCAGGUUGUGGUGGACGCCUAUCUCCACCGACUCUCACACCCAUCCAGCCAGUUAGCUUAGCAGCAGCUGGUGGUAAGACAUCAGCAGAGCAGCACAAACCUCCCACGCUGGUGCCGGAACUCAGGGACAUCAAAGGUCAUGGAAACGCUGCCACCAUCACCUCUGUGGCCUCUACCACUAGUGCAGAGAUUAUGGCUUCAUCAACAGAUGGGUGGAGAGGUGGAGAGAUGCUUAAGGAAAGAGAGGUAUACUCUGGAGAGAAAGGAGUGUCAAGAGGCAAGCCCCAAGGUGCAGUGGCAUCAGUCAUUGUGCGUCCACCAACAUGCAUCAAGUACGACAGUCCUGUUGGGGCUAACAGAUCUGGUUCUAUGAUCCAUAAGGAUCUCCCCCAGGGGAGUUUUUAUCCAUCCAGGCUUCAAGGGGGUUGUCCUAGGCUUGGGGAGAGUGUGCGAGAACCUGGAGCUGACAGGGUUAUCCAACCCAACUCAAACCUGGAUGACAUGUGUGUCCAGUAUAAAAAGACUUCUGUGUGUGACAUACAGGGAACUAUGGGAGCCAGUACCACAAACUCUUUGUGCAGGACUGCUGUGUCAGCCUCAUCAGCUUUUGAUAAGUGUGGGGCAACCACCCCUGAGCUGGGUUACUCCAACUCAGCACGGGGUGAGCUUGCACCUCAUAAAACAUGCAUUGGUAGCCGGGUUUUGAGUCAGUCAGGACAAGGAGAGCACCACGAAGGCUUUGGCUCACGUACCGCAUCUCCGGGGGGAUCUUUGCCUUCCCCUAGACCAGCAGGGACACCCCAGCCCAGUCCAAGCCUCACUCCAACACCUAGCUCUGCCUCUGGCUCCAGUCAGCCUUACUCCUCCUCUUUUGUCCACCUCAAGAAGCACAAAGCUGCCUUGGCUGCAGCUCAGUCCAGAAGCAACUUUCCUAGUGCUGCUACAUCCAUCACAACUGGAAACACCUCCCUAACUGUGGAUUCAGUUGACAAAGCUCCUGUUCAGAACUCCCCGCCUCCACCCUCCUCUAGCCAAGCUUCCUCAUCCUCAGUCGACAGCAGUAGCAGCAGCUCAACAAACGGGAGCACAACACCUGGCAAGUCCAGUCCGCUGCCUAAUGGCCAGCCCUCAGGAUCAGCCUCAACAAGCAGUGGGCAGCCUAGUAACUACCACAAGCUGAAGAAAGCCUGGUUAACCCGACACUCGGAGGAGGACAGGAACACAACUGCUACUACAAGUUUGACCAGUACUAAACCAGAGAAACUGCCCAGCACCACCACCAGCAUAAGUAAUACAAGUAAUACUACAGCCAUGUCAGAAAUGAUCAAACCCUGUACAGUCAAUCUCAGUGCCUCUACCUCCAGUGAGGUGGAAGUGAGCAAAGACAGUGGAAGCAAAGGUGAGAGAGAGAGGCAGUUGGAAGAGAAGAUGGAGGGACCUGCAGGAGGGGGUGGAGAGGAGAGGAAAGUAGCUCCUUCCUCAAGGCGAGGGAACAAACGGCCAUAUGAGUCAGGUUCAGAGAGCGGAGGUGAUGAGUCUGAUGGCAGUGAGAGCAAGAUGGAAGGCCGAGCCAAGCGUCAGCCUAAACCGACCUACAAGAAGAAACAGAAUGACAUGGCCAAGAAGAAAGGAGAUCAUGAAAAGGAGGAAGAUGAUGUGAAGCACAACGGCAUCUUCAGAUCAGCUCGAGAGAAGACCAAACUCAAAUUGGCCAGUAGUAAUGGAAUACCCCGUUCCGUGCUGAAGGACUGGAGGAAGGUUAAGAAGCUGAAACAGACCGGGGAGUCUUUCCUGCAGGAUGACUCGUGUUCAGAAAUUGGGCCCAAUCUGCAGAAGUGUCGAGAGUGCAGGGUUGUCCGCAGCAAGAAGGGCGAGGAACCAGCACAUUCUCCUGUCUUCUGUCGCUUCUACUAUUUCAGACGGCUCUCCUACAGUAAAAAUGGAGUCAUCCGUAUGGAUGGCUUCUCCACUCCAGAUCAGUUUGAUGAUGAGGCCCUGGCCAUGUGGGUCCCUGGGGCAAUGGAGGAGAGCCACCUGGACCAGGCCACAGCCAAGUACAUUCUGGGCUUCAUAGGAGACAAGUUUUGCCAGAUGGUUGUAACUGAGAAUACUGCAGCCACCUGGGUCAAGAAAGAUGCCAAACUGGCGUGGAAGAGAGCAGUUAGAGGGGUGAGGGAGAUGUGUGAUGCCUGCGAAGCAACACUCUUCAAUAUCCACUGGGUCUGUCAGAAAUGUGGCUUUGUUGUCUGCCUGGACUGCUAUAAGGCUAAAGAGAGAAGGAGUUCCAAAGACAAAGAACUGUAUGCCUGGCUGAAGUGUGUGAAAGGACAACCUCACGAUCACAAACAUUUGAUGCCAACACAGAUCAUACCUGGCACAGUGCUGACAGACUUGGUGACUUCCAUGCACUUGCUGAGAGACAAACACAGCAUCAAAUCCCACUGUCCCUGCACUAACAAACAGAAUGUGCUCACCAAAUUACCAGCCACCAAUGGAGUCUCACAGGUUCUGCAGAAUGUCCUGAACCACAGUAACAAGCUGUCUCUUGUGAAAGCUGAACCAGGCUCUCAACAGAACUCUGAUCAAGUAGGAACCAAGGCAGAGACCAAUGGCGGCGGUGGUGGAGGAUGCAGUCCAGGCAGUGACAGGGAAAGUGCUACUGUCACCCCACCAGAGUCGCAGUCACCUUUGCACUUCCUGGCAAACCUGGCAGAGCAGAAAUCCAGGGAGGAAAAGAAAGAAAACAAGGAGUCAGUGUUGCUAGGUAAAUCACUGAAGGAGGACAAAGAUGGGGAUAGCCUGGAAGUCUUGCAGCAGUGUAAAACCACCUCACUGGUAUCUAACAGUACGGAGCAGGGCUCCACACUCCGAGAUCUGCUCACCACCACAGCAGGGAAACUAAAGCUUGGCUCCACUGAUGCAGGAAUCGCCUUUGCACCAGUCUACUCUAAUACUUCACAGCCUGGAAAGGGUGGGCGUACCAUGCCUAAUAUUCUUGAUGACAUCAUUGCUUCAGUAGUUGAAAAUAAAAUUCCCGCCAGCUGCCAGAACAUCACCACCAAGCUGUCAGUCAAGCAAGAGCCUGUCACCCCGUGCAACAAUAGUAACACCACCCCCCUUGCUGUUACUGAGGAUACCAAACCAGACAGGAAGAAGUCAGUGCCUGUUACUGCAGCUUUGCCAGAAGAAUCAGUCAGUCAGUAUCCAGGCAUCCCCCACUGCUGGUUAAACAACAAACAGUUACUGUGGCUCAAAGAUCAUCGUAACCAGAACAACUGGAAGCUGUUCAGAGAGUGUUGGAAACAAGGACAGCCAGUGCUGGUGUCAGGGAUCCAUAAGCGACUGAAUGCCAGUCUAUGGAAAGCUGACUCCUUCAACCAGGAGUUUGCAGAUCAUCAAGGAGACCUCCUCAACUGUAAAGACCAGGUGCUGUCCAACUCUGGGAUCAAGGAGUUCUGGGAUGGAUUUGAGGACAUCACCAAGCGACCCAAGUGCAAGGAUGGAGAACCUAUGGUCUACAGAUUGAAAGACUGGCCAUCUGGAGAGGAGUUCAUGGCCCUCAUGCCUUCAAGGUAUGAUGACCUGAUGAAGAACCUGCCCCUGCCAGAGUACUCUGAUCCAGAGGGGAACCUCAACCUGGCCUCCCAUCUGCCAUCUUUCUUUGUAAGGCCAGAUUUGGGGCCAAGACUCUGCUGUGCCUAUGGUGUAGCUGCAUCUCAGGACCAAGACUUUGGGACUGCCAACUUCCAUGUGGAAGUCUCAGAUGUCGUCUCCGUCCUGGUCUAUGUUGGAGUAGCCAAAGGCAAUGGAGUCCUGUCCAAAACUGGAGUACUAAAACGUCUGGAGGAGGAGGAUCUAGAUGAGGGAGUUCGAAGGAGGCUCAAAGACUCCAGUGAGACACCAGGAGCCCUGUGGCACAUCUACCUCAACAGGGACAUGGCCAAAGUCCAAGAGUUCCUGCACAAGCUCUGUAAGGAGCAAGGACUGGAUGUGUCACGGGACCAGGACCCAAUCAGAGACCACAACUGGUACCUGAGCAGGAAGCAGCGUCAGCGGCUGCUGGAUGAGCACGGAGUUCAGGGCUGGACUGUAGUUCAAUUCCUGGGAGAUUCGGUUCUUAUACCAGCAGGGGCCAUGCACCAGGUCCAGAACCUCCACAGCUGUGUUCAAGUCAUCAAUGACUUUGUGUCUCCUGAGCAUGUGGCCAGCUCUUUCCACCUGACACAGGAGCUGCGGCCUAAUAAAGAGGAAGUCAACUAUGAGGACAAACUACAGGUGAAGAACAUCCUGUACCACUGUGUGAAGGAGGCAGUCAGUUCCCUGAAGACGAGCAGCUCUGAGGAAGACAAAGAGGAGGAAAACUCAUGACACCCCGUCAGCCUUGUCCACACCUUCCAGAGAGGCACCCAUCUCCCAUCAGCACCUUCCCCUUACCACACCCUCUUCACAUGGAGGAAUGUGCCCCAUGACCAGAAGAGGUGGUCAUGUCAGAGCUGGUCAUGUGACCCAGGGGACAUGCAUCAUACAUGCAGCCUGCCAGUGAGAGGCACAGCCGGCUUCAUCAUCACCCCAAACUUUCAGUGCCAGGAGGAGACAAACACCAGACCAGAGGGCCUCUGGACUGACAGGGAUUAGACCUCAGCUACCUCCUCUUAGUGUUUUAUAGACUCAGAAUAUGGGGCAGACAAAGGAAUUCUGGGAAAUCUUAUUAAAGCCACUAUGCUGGAGUGAAACAGCACUACAAGCCCCCACUGAAACAGAUCAGAAGUGAACAGUGCGACUGCCGGCACAUCCUGCUAAGAUCUAGUUUCCAUGGAGACUCAGGCUGUUGUGUAAGCUGCAGUGCACAGGUUUGAUGGCGACAGCGAUAAUGGAGACACAGAGACACACUGGGCCUCCUGAUGCUCUCUCACUGUACCCUGCUGUGGAUUAUAAAGGCCAGGAGGUUUAAUCCCUGUCUGUAGCAGCAGCCCACAUUAUGUCUUGGACAGCAAAUGAUCACAACAGCAUC